AUGGCAAAGAGACAUGAUCGGAUGAAGUCUCUAGCAGAGCAAAUUGCUGACCUAGAAGAUCCAACUCCGAAAGACUUUGACCCAGAAGACUUAAAUGACGGCGAAGAAAGCAGCGACAAUCAAUCAUCUGGAACGGAGGAUGGUAAUGCUAACGCCGGCCGGGAGCAUUACGUAGCUGUUGGAAAGAGCAAGCUCCGCAAACCGGAAAGAAUAUCUCUCGGAAGCGAAUAUGCUGGGUCACGAGUUAAUACAAGCGACGAGGUUAUGUCCGAGUCAGCUGAUGAGCUGGACGAAUCGGAGAACGGACGAGUGGGAGAAGAUAGUUCUGAUGCAGAAUCUGAGGAUAUGGAUAAUGGGCUAGGAUCUGGUGGUGAGCUAGAUGGAGUAACUGAUUCUGAAGACGAUCAAGAAUUUGGGGAGAGCAAUGAUGACGAAACGAGCGCGCCGGCCGCAUCAGACGAUCGCGCUGAAAUUAGGCGACUCAUGGCUUCUGAUCACAAAACUGUCGCAGCGUCAUUAUCUCAAGCUGCGAAGGCAGAUGCUGCAAAGGGGAGUGCGAUCAAGCGACAGCGGUCGGCGUUCGGUGCCAUACUGAACGCACGUAUCAAACUUCAGAAGGGCAUUACAAUUCUGAACGGUCUACCGUCUACGUCGAAGGAUGAUAACGCGAUCGACCAGGCCUCAAUCAAGUCUGCCGAAGCUGCGGCACUGGCCCUUUGGAGCACGAUCGAAGAUCUUCGACAUGCACUUGUCGAUGCCCAAACCAGCAGCAUCUCUUCUAAAAAACGAAAACGUGGCCUGCAUCCUUGUGCCUCCACCUCGUCGGCAGAUAUCUGGAACCGCAUGGAAGAAAUCGAAGCACAGUCACGGCCCCACCGCCGCGCAGUCCUGGAUAAAUGGGCAUUAAAAACACGUGGCUCAAGGGCGGCACUGCCGAACGCCAGAGGUAAACUAAUGAAUCACGGAGCAGUUGACCAGCAAACAAUAACUUCCGUACUGGAUGCCCACAUUGCAACAGAACUGGAUAGUCACCCGUCCAAACGCACCAUGACGGACAAGGUCCAACAACUUAAACAACCCAACGGCACUUCUGGCGCCUCACACGAGCUUAACGAGGUUUACGACGACUCUAUUUUCUAUCAGGCUCUCCUCCGCGACCUUGUGGAAGAACGAAUGUCAGCCAACAGCGGCGUCGAGGCACUUCAGAUGCAGCUUCCCUCUCGCCUUGCUAUCCACCCCACCACUGGGAUGCGCAAGGAUAAGGUUAAAAGAUCUGUGGAUACCAAGGCAUCCAAGGGCCGUAAGAUGCGGUAUACAGUUCAUGAGAAACUGCAGAAUUUCAUGCCUCCAGAGGACAGAGGUACAUGGGGAGAUCGCGCCAGGGAGGAGUUCUUCGCUUCCUUGCUGGGGAGAAGUGCGCGGGCGGUUUUGGGUGAGGAUGAUGAGGAUGAGGACAAGGUUAUGGACGAUGAGGAGGAUGUUGAAGAGGAUGGACUCAGACUCUUUCGGAGUUAGGAAAUAGGAUAGAGGCCAUUAAUAUUUCGUUCCUUAUUGUUAGAUUAUUAUAUCUAUGCCUGCUCUCCAUUUAUCGAGUACCGGCUUACUGAUGUCUAUAUGUUCUAUCGUCGACGCAACGCCAUAUCCGGCAACGGCAUUUAUCCUCUACACGUAUAAAUCUUCGAAGGAGUGGAACGCUCCACAGUAUGAACAAUGUGCAACGGUAAUCGUCCCACGACACUCACUCUCGCUCUUAUUAAGCCUUAAAAAGGCUUUCCCAUCACCUAAUUGAAGAGCUAUCAACAAGGAAGAAGCCUUACAGAUCCGAUGUCUGUUUAGACUAGUAUGAAUCGUGUU